UUGGACAAGUCCCAACUUCUCACGCUUGACUCAUCCUUGGUAGCUUGUAGUAUGACCUACCGUGUGUGUAUGCAGGUUUAAUGACCACUGUUAUCAGUUUGACGAAUUCAAUACAAGAUAUUUCGGAGAAAAAUCUCCAUCUUCUGUUUACACCCGUAAGAAACUGACAGAUACAAAGAUUUUUUUUUGCUUCUGCUAAAAUCUUUAAGGAAUUAUGAAACAGAGUAUCCUCUGUUUUUUCCUCAUAGUAAGCUUCAAUAUUUCUUCAGUUCCUGCACAAACAUGUAUGAACAGUGGGAAUUUCACACCCAACAGUACAUACGACAAAAAUCGCGGACUCAUCCUCUCAUCUCUUCCUUCUAAUGUCACGGCUCAAGUCGGUUUCUUCUACAAUGGUUCCAUCGGACAAGAACAGAACCAAGUCUACGCAAUAGGGAUGUGCAUCCCAGGGUCAGCUCCAGAUGACUGUUCUAAUUGUAUCAAGAAAGCGUCUGAUGGAUUGAUACAGAGGUGUCCUAACAAUACAGAAGCUUAUUCAUGGCACGGUGAGCCCACGCUUUGCCAUGUGCGCUACUCCAACACUUCUUUCUCUGGAUCUGCAGAUAUGGAACCGUCUUUACUGGUCAGCAACACUGAAGAUGUCAACUCAAAUCUAAGCCAAUUGAGUGAAAUAUAUAACGGAGUAAUCUUUCGUAUGAUUAAUGCAGCCUCCACAGCAAAAAGCACACCAUCGUCUAGUAAUAAUUAUUACAAUGCUCCAAUUUCAGCCAUGUCAUCUUCCGAGAAUAUAUACGCAUUGAUGCAAUGCACGCCUGAUCUUUCUUCUGAUGAUUGUAAAAGUUGUCUCCAAGAAAGCACAAAUGACUAUCAGUUGUGCUGUUCUCAGAAGCAAGGAGGCACUGUUAUGCGGCCAAGCUGCUUUUUUCGUUGGGAUUUGAAAACAUUCUCUAAUGCUUUUGGUGAUAUCAUGGUGGCUCCUUCUCCUCCUCUGCAGCAACCUGACAAAGGUGAUAUUCCACAUUCCGCAGAUAGUGGGAAAAUCUCAACCGGAGCUUUAGUGGCAAUUGUGUUUUCCAUUGUAGUAGUCAUCUUGAUGGUCAUCAUCUUCUUAGUACUGCGUGCUCGGCGAUCUUUUGUAUAUUUCUCAUGGAGGAAAACAAAUCAACAAUUUGGUUUUGAUCAAUCUGGUAUAACUGUACACUCCCUCCAAAUAGAUUUUAAGAUAAUUGAAGCUGCAACAAACAACUUUGCAAGGAGUAACAAGCUUGGUCAAGGUGGAUUCGGUGAAGUUUACAAGGGUACGUUGCCAAAUGGGACAGAAGUUGCAGUGAAGAGGCUAUCCAAAGAAUCAGCACAAGGUGCAGUAGAGUUUAAGAACGAGGUUGUUGUUGUUGCAAAACUCCAGCAUAGAAAUCUUGUUAGGCUUCUUGGGUUUUGUCUUGAAGGAGAAGAAAAGUUACUUGUUUACGAGUUUGUCCCCAACAGGAGCCUCGAUUACUUCCUCUUUGACCCUAGAAAGCAAGGGCAAUUAGAUUGGACAAAGCGGUACAACAUUAUCCGGGGUAUCGCUAGAGGAGUAUUAUACCUUCAUCAAGAUUCACGGGUAACAAUCGUACAUCGGGACCUCAAAGCCAGCAAUGUUCUCCUUGAUGCUGAUAUGAACCCGAAAAUUGCUGAUUUUGGAAUGGCAAGAAUUUUUGGGAUGGACCAAAGUGGAGCUAAUACAAACAGAAUAGUUGGGACACGCGGUUACAUAUCCCCAGAAUACGUGACGCGAGGCGUAUUCUCAACAAAAUCUGAUGUCUUUAGUUUUGGAGUCUUAGUUCUUGAGAUUAUAUGUGGUCGACAUAACAUAUUCUCCAACGAGUCGGAUACUACAGCUGAGAAUUUAGUCACAUAUGUUUGGAGGUUGUGGAGAAACGGGUCACCAUUAGAAAUCAUAGAUCCAACCAUUUUAGAGAAUAUUCAAACCAAUGAAGUGACAAGAUGCAUCCACAUUGCGCUCUUAUGUGUUCAGAAAGAACCAAAAGAGCGUCCCAAGUUGUCGACGAUCAUGUUGAUGCUAACUAGCAAUACCCACAUUUUACCUACUCCUAAUCCACCUGGAUUCUUGUUUCCAAAUGGAAGCAACCAAGAACGAGUACCGGAGUGCAUAGAGUUGAGGCAGUCUAUGAUAGGGUCCAAUUCUCAUACUGUCAAUGAUGUAACGGUUUCAGAUGUGGAUCCUCAUUGAAGUUCAUUGAGAUGAUUGUGACGUAAACCAUGUUGCAGGAAUAUCACUUUUAUUAUGAUAUACAUACUCGAUCAAACUUCAUGUACAGUACACUCUUUCUAUCAUUUCUAAAUUUGUAAUAUGAGUACUCUGUUAUGAAAAUCUUCUUCUUUGUAUUUUUGGCUCCAGAAUCUUCAUCAAUAUACCAAGCCAUACAUUUCUAUUA